GAGCAAUCAAUCAUCGGAGAAUUGAAUGACAGCGGUAUCAACGGUCGAACCAUCAACAGAAAUAACGAUAGACGUGGAUAUCAGAUUUGUUAAUGGAGUUUAUAAAAAAUGAUAAAACGAGACGUGUAACGAAUAAGGUUGUGGUUCAUACCGUAGUAAGCAGCAAUUGUCUCGAUGGAUUUGACUCACCGCUGACCUAGGAAACACACCAUGGCUAGGCGUCUGCUAUGCUGCACAGACAACCUGUCAGUACUGCCUGUAUGCGGAGUAUUCCUGUCCCUACUUGGGAUAGUACUCUUCAUAUUGUUCCUUGUCGCUGAGGGUCUGACAACCUCCCUACAAUAUAUAAAUGCUGCUCUACCGGUGUGGGUACCAGCUGUUCUGUUGUUGGUUACCGGUAUUGCUGUGAUCUUGUUAUCCAAGAAACGUCCUGUUGGCCUUCUAGUAAUUACUCUCUGCUUGAGCAUAGCAUCAGCUGUGAUUUGUGUAUCUAUUACAGUGCCUACAAUUAUCAACAUUAUUCCUCUUAUGGAGAGCUUAACGCUGUGUGUCUACCAACAAUCUACGGCUGAAUGUAGAUGUUAUGUUGUUGACAGCAAACAUAAUGGAACCAAUCUCAUUAGCAUACCGGAAGGUAGUCAACAGUAUACAUUCAAAGAGGUCAAAGGUUGUGAUUCGAUUGAGCAUACAUUGAAGGACAUUGUUUUCACGGAAUGUGUCAUCUACUGCUUCGGAGCGUUUGCAUGCUGUGUAGCGACCGUUUUAACAUCAAUGCUUUUGUGCAACGAAAGGAAAUCUAACAAAAGUCCGGUUCAGCAUAUCAACAGUGAUGCUUUUGAUAAUCCAAACAGUCAUCGUUUUCACUAUAACAAUGGAAGCAGGUUAUUCUUAAAUGGCCCUGGACAGACUUACAUUGUAGGGCUUAAUGGACAGGACCAGGAUCGUAGGGCAUUGAUCAAUUCAGAGGUAGUACCCACUGAGGAACGAACAAGCACAGUGACAAAUACAACUAAUACGACCACAGCAGCCCGAGGUUCACUCCCACUACCACCAGGCUACGGGCAGAGUAGGAAUGCUCAACAACGAACCACUCAUGUUAGAAGAUCCUCCAGUUCAUCGUCUGCAGCAGUUCCACGUCCUGUUCCAUCAAAUUCACGCCACCACUCCAUUAGUACUGCAGAUGCUGCAGGAUUGGGAACACGAAACGCAAGGUCCUCUCGUCCCCCUCCUCUUGUACGUGGUGGAUUUAUGCAGAGUCGCCCUGAUGGAAGAGCCGUUCCAGUUUACACCAUCCCAGGCUCAAACCAAGCAUACAUCUCAUUAAAUGACCUGCCCUCUUUGCAGAUGCCAAAUAUGGACUCUGUACCAGCUUAUGUACCACGGGCUACAUCACUGAACACGAUGCAAGGCCCAUACCCAAAUGAGCAACCACCCCCCUACAGUCCUACAGCUGAAUAUACAAAUGGUGAGGUGCCUCCAUUUACAGCGACAGCUCUUACUACAGUUAAUGAAGCAUCAGAAUCAGCAUUGUCCUCUCCAGUAAGGAACACAGCAGAUGUAAAUGCUCCAGUCCCAGUUGAUAAUCCUUCAAUUCAAAGUACACCGGAGGUGAUGGCAAAUGAUGAAAACAUGGAAAUGCCAGCAAUUGAUAAUCCUGACAGGCUGUUCCAAGAGACAAUUAAUGAAUCACUUUUGAAUGAAAAUUUCACAUUCGGUAAUUCUGGCUCAAAUCAGAGCCCCCGGAGUUUACAAGAUCUUGCAAGUGUUACACACAGCUCAGAUGGUGAUUAUGAUCUUAAUGAUUUAACUGAGCCAAGACAUUCUGAAGUGAGAACUCAUAAUGUAACAGUAGAAGGAUCAGAAACAAUGGAAGCGCCUGUGGAAGGACAAACCUCUCCUUCGCAUAUGUGGAACCUAGCAACAAGCUCAAAAGAUAAUGAUUAUGAUCUUCAUAACUUAACUGAGUCGAGACAACCUGAAACUAAUAACAUGAGGGUAGAAGAUUUAGACAAAAUUGAGGUGUCUUUGGAGGGGCUAACUCCUGCAUCACAGCGUAAGUGGAACCAGGGAACGAGCUCAAGAGAAAGUUUAGCAGCAUCCUUAUCAUCAUUGGCACCAGAGCUUAUAUCAGGAACAAGUAGAAGAUUAUCUGAUGAUCAUAAAACAACUGAACUUUUAUCUGGAAUUGGGGAGGGUUCAGUUGAAAGUAUUUCCAACAAACGUUUACCAAUGGGAGCCAGACCGAAAGUUAAACCAAAACCAGGAAAACAAAGGAGUAAAAAGAAAAUCAGUGAGAUAAAAGCAACGAGUACCUCAAGACUAGAUGGAGAAAGUUUUUUAUCUAGCAUGAACAAUAAUUCAGACAUGAUUGACAAUAUUGGUGUCGAUGGCACAAAUUUCCGAAGUAAAACUACUUCAAUGCCAGAUUUAUCAAGGCCAUCAUCAGUUGCUGAUGAUAAUGAAUGUUUUGAAAGGACUUAUGGUGACUCUACCAAUAAAACAGAAAUGUUUAAAACAAGUAGCAGUGAUCCCAAGCUAUGGGCAUUUGAGGUUGGUACAAUAGAUGGCAGGCGUAAGAAGAACACGCACCGUAACACAACUGCUUUCUAUGACCUCAUUGAAAGGGCAAAUGAUUACCAACGCAAGGAAGCGGAAAAAUCUUCACAGGGAAACAAAAGGAAACAAGAACAUAAAAAGCGUAGUAAAAAUACUCAAAAUUCAGAAUAUAAUAUCAGUCAUACUAAUCCACGGCAAAAAGCCAAAAUCAGAACUGAUCUACCAGCUAGCAGUGCUUGGGGAUCAAAAAAGAACAUUCCGUCUAUUUCAGGACGGGCAGGUAAACAUAAGAACAGGCCCCAGCUCAUCAAAACUCAGAACGCAGACAAGUACAAAAUGGGUUUGUCAUCAUCGAGCAAUGAAAGCUUAACAGGCGUCAUCAAUCUUGUUGCUAACACGGCUACGUCUUCAACUCGGGCACGGAAGAAGCGUGUAUUGCAAGAGGCACAGUCCAUUACUGAACUAUUGGACACAAGAGUUUAAAAAUUAAAUUUGAAUUGAGUUGAAUUAGUCUGAUCUCUCAUAAUUUAUGAACAAUGAUACUAUAUGAUUGUUUUAUAUACACCUACUGAAAAACUGUACAAUAAACAUUCAAGAAGACACAUGAGGUUGCUGAUACUUCACUGUGAUCCGGUUCUGUUCAGACCGUUUGAGCAAAGAGGGUACUGUACUGCGCUGAGAAUAACAAUUGUCAACAUUGGCAGUUUAGUUUUGUGGGCAGUGCAUCGGAACGGUGGAUUCGUGCCACAGCCAAUAUUUUUUUUAAUUGACUUAAAAGCUACAGUAUGUCCACUCCACUGAUUGGGCACAGGGAUCUCUACAAUUUUAGUACCUAAAUCAUUUGCUAAGAAAUGUUUGAAUACUAAUUUUGACAAAACAAUAGUCCCACUUCAGGCGGAUUUACACCUCAAUUGUACAAGCUUUGUCUGAAAUCGUGUACCUUUUCGUGUACACUAGUAAUACUAGUUGACUGUUGCUUGUCUCCUUGUGGUUGACUACAUUGGUCGGAAGGCAUUAUACAAGACUACAUUAUUUUGUAAAAGUCACAAGAUUAGUCUACCAGAACAUCAAAAUGCAAAUUUUUGAAGGCCUAUGCUCAUGGACACCAAAAAGAUAUUUACAGAAUAUUUCAUUUUUUAUGAACUACAGUAGUUAGGGCUUUUUUGCUAAUAUUGUCAAAUUCCAAUCCAUUGUGUUACUGUAAUAUUACAAAGAGUUAUAAAAGAAACCUUGAUUUUAAUGUUAUUCAAAUUUUAAUGUCAUUUUUAUAUGUUUCGUAUUGAUGUUGAUUUAGUGUUUAUUAAGCGAGGGAAAGAUUGUUUACCCCUCAAACAUCAAGGCUGCUGUUUUUGCUAUAAAUUAUUGUUUGUCUUCCACUUUUGCUUGUGAAAAGUGGUACAUUUGUGUUGUGUUUUAAAUAAGCUACAAAUAUUUAAAACUUCCAUUUAAUAAUUGCUUGAGAUGUUUGUAUAAAAUACACAUCACAAUUGGGUUAUUUAAUUUGGUAAUUCGUCUAGAAUAAGGAUGUUCCAAUUGAAUUUAUUGAGGUUCAAAAGCAUCAAAUGCAUAAUUUCUAAUAAAUAAGUGUAAUUAGGCCAAUAAAAAUUUUGUAUUGCAAAGCCCAUGAUAUCGACUGCCAAUCUUAACAAUUUUUGUUUAGGUUUUUAUGUUGCACAAAUAUAACUUUUGCCAUUGAGUCCCAAAAUAUGUGCCAGAUGUUUGAAAAAAGCAUUAUAAGCAAUUAUUAAUUAAUUUGAAUAAUAUAAUUAAUUGGACUAACUAUCAGGGAUGGUGCCAUUAUUUUCUAACAGGUAGUCCAUCGUUCCCUGAAAAAUGGGCCACGCUCACAUCAACCUCACUGUGGUUGGGGCUGAAACAAAAAAAAAACAGUUAUGUUACCUCUAGAUGCCCGAAAACGCUGUACUCUUAGACUCACUGUCUCUGGCUUAGAAAAUAUUCCUAAUUUUUUACGACUUCUCGAUGACUGGACCCUGGCCCACUCACUGACGCUACCCCUGUUGACAAUGAUUCUCAAUUUCUCUCUAUUUGGGCAAUGCAACAACUUCUUUGGCCUAUUAUACUUGGAUGGAAAUUAUAAAUUAAAAUAAAUUUGUUUCUAAGAACAUGUACAUAGUGCUGUAAAAUAUAGGCCUACUUUUUAUACCAUAGUUAUAGGGUGAAGUUUUUAUUUCAGAAGGUGUAACAUAAGCAGGGUCAUAGGUUAGUGUUGGAGAGUGAGUGACACAUUAUUUACAAACAACUCAAUUUAUAGUGCCAUGUGCUGGUCAACAACUGACGGCUACCUGUAAUUAUUAGGCAAUUUUCAAUUACGCAAAAAUGUUAACAUCUAGUAAGAUUUCACUUAAAGGCUGCACAUGUGGAGGCUCUGAGUUCUCACUGUCGUCUUAAUUCUAAGAUUGGAUUAAAUUGAUGUGCAAGGAACGCAAGAGUUCAAAUUGUCAUCAUGGUCGAAAGUCCAUUACUCAUGUAAUGAAGUUCCGUUUUUAAUAUAACAAAAGACUGAAUGUGUGAACUUGUGUUGAUUUACAUAAAAUGGAACUUAGGUAAAGAAAGUAGUGAUUAGAAAACAAGCACUGCUAAACUAGGGUGGUUUUGCUAAGUAGGUAGAGUACUGAAACAGUGUUCCGAAGGUUGCUUGUUCAAAUCCUGCAUUAGUCCAUAUCUUUUUUGUUCCACUUUUAUGCUGUUUCUACACCAUCAAAGUUUGUGUGACCAGUUAGUGUGAUUUGCCCAUAUAUGGGCUUGGUGAUGUCAUAUCACACCCAUAUAUGGGCAAAUAUCACAGAUAUUUGUCACAUAAAUGUUGAUAGUCCAGAAUGAGCUAAAUAAAUGAACACUUGCUUUCUCUAAUACUUUUGCGAUUAUGGUUGUCCGCUUGAUUCGUCCAUUCAUAACAGUAUUUUUAAAUACCCGUCCAUUUCUAAGCCAACUUCAUAUGGCUUUGGAAUAAAAUAAUAUUUAUAAUACAAUAUAAUACCUUGAUGUGUGAUAGGAUUGAAGCUUUAUAUAAUUUGACUUUAUUAAGUGAUGCUGGGACAGAAUGUGUUAAGACUGUAGAAUCAAAUAGUACAUGCAAGGAUAAAACAUAGAUAUUGGAACUUUGUCUUAAACUUGCUUAUAACAAUAUUUAGAGAGAUACCGGUAGUUAAAAAGAAAGAUCUUUGCUUAUGCAACAGCAUGCCAGUUAAAGGAUGCAAUCAUGGGAUGUUCUAGUUGGUUUUUUUGAAGGGUUUGAGCACAAGCGUGCAAACCAAACAUCUUAACCACCAAGCUACAGCUCCAUUUCAGACUAUCAAGUUCUCUUUGUUGUAUACCCAUAUAGUCAUGAUAUACCUAUAUAUGGUCAUGAUGUGAUGUCAUCAUGACCAUAUUUAGUUAUGUCACAUGUUUUUGUCAAAUAAAAUUUGAUAGUCUGGACAGGGCUUUAUUUUUUUGCUUACAAAAGUGAUUAUUAUAGAGAACAGGGAAUUACAACUCGAAUUAUUACAGUACUCAAAUAAGUUUGUACUUGCACAUGUAACAUUCCAAUCCUCAGGUACUACUCUUGAGGCGAGAAAUUCAUACAUAUACUUUAUAGAAAGGAUUUGUAAGACCCUAAACACUUAAAGCCAGACUCCAAAGGGAAAUACAGGUCUCCCUCUAAUUAAUGACCACCUCCAAUUAAAGACCACUUUUCUGUGGUCCCAAAUUUCUGUGGUCUUUUAUCUUUAUUAUUCUAAUUAGGGAGCAAAGCUUCCAAAGACCAUGGAAUCCCUGGUACCAAAAGUGGUCUUUAAUUGGAAGGAGGCCGGUAAAAUUUUGAUAGGCUAAACUGAUUUUUCUAAGACAAAAAGCAGAAAGGAAAAAAGGGUGGUUUAGCGCCCCCCCCCCGCCACCGCCACCUUUCUUCAGUUUUUAAAUAUUCAAAAAUCUGUAUAUUAUUGACCAUUCCCAAGCUUUCCGAGUCUUUCGUUAAACACCCUUUUUAUGUUUGUAAUAUUUUUAGAAACUGAAGGAGGGUUGAAAUGUACAUUCAUUACAAUUAAUGUAUUGAAUACAGGUGAUCCACUUGUUAAUGUUUCUUAUGAUUUAUAUGACAUUGGUACCAAGAAAAUAUAAUGUUGAAACGUUUAUCUCAUCUUUUAACCGUCCGAUGAAAAGUUGUCACUAAGUCUAACUUUAUAGAGAGAAGUUUAAUAUUUACUUUGAAUGUAGCCUAAACUAUAGUUAGAAAAAAUUAUUCAGUUGUCUUUCAAACUUUGUAAAACCUUGUCUAUCUUGUGCAAUGCUUCUAAAUUUCCUUUUGUGUUUUUGUUGGCCCAUGAAUACAUGUUUUUUUUUGUCUUGGAGAUGCUGUACACUGAACAUGAAUAAAUGCAAUGCUGUUGCUUAUAAUCUAUGAA